GGGUUGGGGAGGGGUGGAGGGGGGGAGGAAAAACACUAAAGGGGUAGCUAUGGAGAUGGAGCGUUUUCCUGGCUGCUUUCUUUGACAGGUGUUGAGUGGGGCAAAAGUCUUAAAACAGAAUCCAGCAUGUACGCCAAAGGUAAAGGAGCUGUCGUCCCUUCCGAUAGCCAAGCGAGAGAAAAGUUAGCUUUAUAUGUGUACGAGUAUUUGCUGCAUGUCGGCGCACAGAAAUCAGCACAGACCUUCCUGUCAGAGAUCCGAUGGGAGAAGAACAUUACACUUGGGGAACCUCCAGGAUUUUUACACUCAUGGUGGUGUGUAUUCUGGGAUCUGUACUGCGCUGCCCCGGACCGGAGGGAGACAUGCGAACAUUCCAGCGAGGCCAAGGCUUUCCAUGACUAUAGUGCGGCCGCUGCCCCCAGUCCAGUGAUGGGCAACAUGCCACCUAAUGACGGCAUGCCGGGAGGACCCAUGCCCCCGGGCUUCUUUCAAGGUCCACCAGGAUCUCAGCCUUCCCCUCACACGCAGCCUCCCCCACACAACCCCAGUAAUCCCAUGAUGGGACCUCAUGGACAGCCAUUCAUGUCUCCGCGGUACCCAGGUGGCCCAAGGCCCUCCCUCCGUAUGCCAAAUCAGCCUCCUGGGAGCAUCCCAGGGUCACAGCCUCUCCUGCCAAACAGCCUGGACCCCACCAGACCUCAAGGACAUCCGAACAUGGGGGGUCCAAUGAGGAUGAAUCCCCCCAGAGGCAUGGGAGGCAUGGGCCCACAGAACUACGGCGGAGGGAUGAGGCCUCCUCCAAACUCCAUGGGGCCGGGGAUGCCAGGCAUGAACAUGGGUCCCGGCGGAAGAGGUCCAUGGCCAAACCCGAACACCAACUCAAUAGCUUAUUCAUCUUCAUCUCCAGGCAACUAUGUGGGCCCUCCAGGGGGAGGCGGCCCACCAGGAACUCCCAUCAUGCCUAGCCCCGGAGAUUCAACAAACUCAAGUGAAAACAUCUACACAAUGAUGAACCCCAUCGGCCCUGGUGGAAAUAGACCUAAUUUCCCAAUGGGACCGGGUCCUGACGGGCCAAUGGGUGGAAUGGGUGCUAUGGAGCAGCAUCAUAUGAACGGAUCACUAGGCUCUGGUGACAUGGAUGGGUUGCCAAAGAAUUCUCCCAACAACAUGGCAGGCAUGAACAAUCCCCCCGGCACUCCGCGGGACGACGGCGAGAUGGCAGGCAACUUUUUAAACCCAUUCCAAAGUGAAAGUUAUUCACCCAACAUGACGAUGAGUGUGUGAUUUUUUUUAUUUUAUCCUUUAUUUUAUUUUAUUUCUUUUUCAUCUCCCCUUAUCCCAAUUUCCCUCUCCCAUCCACCCUGGUGCGUCUUGCAUUACCUUCCUCCCUCCCUCCCUUCCUUCCUCCUCUUCCUCCUCGCGGAUGGUGUGCUGUACCGCACAGCCCCUGAGGAUACCCCUGGAAAGCAGGACUCCCCUCAAGGCCCCCCAUCCCAACACCUGUAAAAUGGGUGUAAGAACAUGAAACUGCCUCCAAGCAACAGGAAGGGUCUCCUCUCCACUUCUCCUCGCCUGCCAGACCCCAUCACGGGGCCCUAGGACAGUGAGAGCCCGAACCUGCUCCAAGCCAAGUCUCUCCCAAACCCCAAAACCUGCCCCUGUGGGUGGCAUUUCAGCCCAGUCAGGAUGCCCCUUUUGCAUCUACCACCACUCUAUUAUAUCAUGCUGAUCAUAACUUAUGAGGGCAUGCAGUAGUUGACUGACGGGGGGGAAGGGGGGUGAAAACCCUCAUUCAAAAACUCCUGUGGCAGGAAUGAUUAAGAAAAAAAAAGAUGAACUGAUGUUAUUUUAGGGCAAGAAUGGUUUUCAUUAAAUGUUUGUAUUUUUUGUUGUUGAUGAUAAUAUUAUUGUUAUAAUUUUCAUAAUUGAUAUUAUUCUACUAAUGUAGUUAUGAUUUCCUGUAAAGGGCACAUUUUAUCUCAGCAGCAGCAUCAACAAUGACAGAAUAAGCACACACUCAAAAAAUGCACAAUGAUUUUCUGUUUACAUGAUUUUAGGUUAUUUGUUGUUUGUUUGUUUGUUUUUUGUUUUUUUUGUCACAGUCAGUCUCUCUUCACAUUACCUCUCCUUAAAACUUGUAGCUUGUGUCUUUGCCUUCUAAAUGCUUGUAACACCGUUUCCAUAAACUCUCAAAAUAAUUGAUUCUCUUCACCUAAUGAAGCGGUUUGUGUCUAGGUGUUGCCGUUUCGGCUAAAACAGUCAGAACGGAGGCUUUCUCAGAGCAUUAUUUGCUGUUUUCUGGUACAAAAGCGUCUGCUGAUGCACCUGAAUGAUUGGAUGUCUAGCUAUCUUGUCUUAAUAAGCACCCCCUUUUUUCUUGCUCUGCUGUUACUGUGAGAAAAAGGCUCUGAUGAAAUCCUGAUUUCAUUGUCAGGACAGGUGCCAGUUCUCAUUCAGUAACAGACAGAGUUUUUUUUCUGGAUCCUCUUGUCUCUUCUAUGGAUUUGGUCUUGUCUGUAAAUACAACAUAUUUAGCUUGUAUUGUGGUUGUUUUAUUAUUUGUUAUUUACAAGUUGUCUGUGAAUCCUAAAAUGUGGUUCCUUCCUCUUCAUCACUUUGUUUGAUUUCAGCCUUACUGUGGACUCUAAAGUGGCACUGUUUUCCUCCCAGGGCUCAUUCUGGUCUCUCCUCAAUGUAUCCUGUUUCUUUUUCUUUUUCUUUAUUUUAUUUUAUUUUUUUGGACUGCAUGGGGUUAGACUCUGAUACACUCAUGAAGCCCGCUUCCAUGUUUUUUGAGUUUAGGUUGAACUCACCGAUCCUGUAUGAUCCACUUUCUUAACCCAGACAAAGACGGGCUAAAUAACUGUCUCCUCUGGAGCUCCCCAUCGACCAGUUCCCUCAGCGAGUCCCUUGUGUAUGGGAUAAUGGAUCCAGAGUAUCAGGCGGCUAUAGCAGUGCUGAUGAUGGGAGCAGAGUGAUGUACCUGUGGGGUUAACAGACCACACAGCCACAUCGGUCUAAAGAAGAGGAACAAUAAUCGGAUACAUUUAUAAUGGAUAUACUUCCAUUUUUGCAGAUUGUUUUCAGCAGAUUGUUUUUAUUUUAAAUGUAUUCAACUGAGUAAAAAAUGAAAGCCCAUAGUAUCUGCACACAAAGAAAAAAGCAUAGUUACAUAUUACAUUAUUUAAUUAGUUUCUUUCUGUAUGUUAUGUACUCUUGGCCUGAUUAACUCACUGUUUCAAAGGGAUAAAUGUAUCUCUCAUGGCAUCACACUGCAGCACUUGCAUCACGGCUGUGUUCAAACAAACAAUAACUUAACAACCAUUGUAGCCUCUGUUGGGUGUUGGUGAUGUACUUAUCAAUUUUCUGAUAUCAGCAUGAACGGUUAGUACCCAGAGUUCAACAGGGAUAUCUCCAGGAUUUGGCUGUCAGUGGCCUGGGAAACACUCUCUCCAGUGUUCCUUCAGCGUAGUGACACACACCUCCCUUCUUUCCUCCGAUCCCAUCCCUCACCCCCACUCCCAAACCUCUGCUCCCUUUCUCUUUAAUUUCCUUUAUUUGUAAAUACUGUAUAAUGCAUUUUGAUAUCAUUGACAUGUUUUGAUAUGUCAGUCACAACCAAUGAAUACAGCUGAAAGUAAAUUAUAAAUAAAACUGUCCAUGUUUUUCAUAGAGAAAGGAUGCGCUGACUAUUUGGCUCAUGUGGCUAAACUUCCAUAAAAAAUGUAUAGAACACAGUAACACAAUAAAUGCAGACUGUAUGCUAAAGACUUGUAUGGUGGGGAGGAUAGGACAGAGAGAGGACAGGACAGAGAGAAGCAAACAGGCUGUGGCGUCCUCACUCUGCCCUCGUCUCCAUAUGCUUCAGUGAAAUGUUACUAUUGGCUGUGAAUAAUCAGCAUCAAAAUAAUUUUUCUAAAGGGCAUCUUCUCACAAAAAACAUGUGACCUCAUAUUGCAGUUUUUAAUAUGAAGGAUUUUUAUCAAUUUAAGAAAACUUUUAAAAAGGAAAAAAUACUUAAGAGAACCUCAUUUUAAAUUAAGAAUAGAUUUUAAAAAAAAAGUAACACUUAUGGGAAAAAACUGUGUCCUUUGCUAUUCGCUCCUGUAAUAGCUUUGUAUAGAUUGAAGCUCUCUCACUGAUCCUCUCUCAGUCCUCUGUGUAUAUCGAUCGUUGGCCAUCUCUGUACUUCUAUUGUGAUGUAUAAUACUGUAUCAUUAGGAAGAUUUGCUGGUUGGGUGGGGUGGUUAUGUUGCGUCGGGGAGGGGCGGGGGAUUCAAGGGAAGGGGAUAUAAAUGAUUCUCCUGUACUGUUCAUGGUCUUUUCUGAUGACACGGCAGUAUUCAAUAUGAAGCAGUCUGUCUCUUGGGUUUGCUUUGUAUUUCAUGGUAGGAUAGUUCAGAAUCUUGUCUUAGGGACUUAGGUGUCUUGUGUAGGUAAUAAAGAUGUUCUUUGUAUGUUUCUUUAUAUUGUAAAGUUUCUUUAGACUGAAAGAAAAACAGAUAAUUUGCUUAUCAAAAAAGAAACAAUGCAUCAAUAAUAAAUGUCAUUUGAUUUUUA